CCGCUCCAGAAGCUAUCGAAACCAAACAAUUUUUUUCAGUAAAAAUGUCGGCCUGCUGCGUGACUGGAUGUAAAAACCGACAUUCUUCUAGCAGUAAACUGAAGUUUUACAGAAUCCCGGCCGGAACCAGACCGUUUCAGGCGAACCGGAGGAAGUUAUGGCUCCAAAAGAUCCGAGAAGUGAACGGAGAGGAGAUCAGAGUAAACGCGAGAGUUUGUGGCGCUCAUUUUAUAUCAAAGGAAGCGUCCCCGGAGCACGACAGCCCUGACUUCGUGCCCUCUGUGUUUCCCUCCACUAAACAGAGCCCCAAGAGAAAAGUGAAGAGGGAUUAUGGAAGUAGAAAGAGGCGGCCUCGUGCAGCCAAAAAGAAAACGGAAGAAGAAACAACUUCACCUCGAGCUGAUUCUCCUGAGGAACUCCAGACUUCUGAUCUGUUUGAGGAACUCCAGAAAUCACCAACUCCAUCACUGCAAGAGGAAGGAGAAUCGUUGACUGAAGAGACUGAAACCACAUUAAGCCCAAACAAAACAGCGUCACCAUUUAAAGCUCCAACGGGCGUCCUACAACCAAAUAUGAGUCCCGUCGUGCUCCUGAAAAACGUGCUCCUGCCCGCCGGGGGGUUCAAGUGUGAGCAGUGCAAUCAGAACUUCACUAAUGUACCACAGCUGAUGAAACACAAGAAGCUGCAUGAAGGACAAGUAGAGGAACGAGAAGACGUAGAGGAACGAGAAGAAGUAGAGGAACGAGAAGAAGUAGAGGAACGAGAAGUGGUAGAGGAACGAGAAGAAGUAGAGGAACGAGGAGAAGUAGAGGAACGAGGAGAGGUAGAGGAACGAGAAGAAGUAGAGGAACGAGAAGAGGAGGAACAAAGUCAAGAGGAAGGAGAACAAAGUCAAGAGGAAGGAGAACAAAGUCAAGAGGAAGGAGAACAAAGUCAAGAGGAAGGAGAACAAAGUCAAGAGGAGGAGAUUGAAGAAAACGCCUCCUUCGUCUGUGAGUCGUGUGGAAAGAUGUUCUCGGGUCAGGCUCUUUUCUCCGAGCACCAGUGUGAGCCGUCGUUCCCGUGCAACAUGUGCGACCGAGCGUUCGCUACGAGCCAAAACCUGAAGCGCCACAAACUGCAGCACGUCAGAGACGACAGGAAGUGCCGAGAGUGCGGCACCAUGUUCUGCAAACGCCACAAACAGACUGUUGUCGUGUCGGUAGCCGAGUCUGCUCUCGUGUGGGAAGAGGAACCGACCAUCGUCGAGCCGAAAAAUGUAUAUCAUUCAGGAAGUGUCCAAAAGGAGGCCGGUCCUCCCGCCUCACACACUGUGAGCUUACCAAAGAUCCAUCGGAUGCUAAUACCUGUCCCGCUGUCAUUAGCACCCCCGCCUGUUGUCUGGUUAAAGCCACGCCCGUGCGACCUUCUUCAACUCUCAGUCAAACCUCUUCCCCCUCCACCUCCUCCGCUCAGACCCUCUCUGCAGCUCUUCUCUCCACGCUUCCUCACCUCGGCGCUCCUACAGGUGGACAGAAAUUACGACUACAUGUUGAGCAAACCCAUGCCGGUAAAGAAGAACAUUGUGAAGGAGGAACCGCGGGAGCUGCCUCUGGUUUCCCCCGCAGAGAUAAGCGUUGAAAACAUUAAGAAGGAACGAACUGCCUACGACAUGGAGUUCGCGAUCUGAUCUAAAUCUGUGAAGACACUUUAAAAACACAAUCUGGCGACUGUUCUUUGUUUUAUUGCAAUUGAACCUGAUGUUGUCAAACUGGCCUUUUAGCCUCAUCUGUAAGGUUUGAAGUCUCUCUUUAACUUAAGCUGCUUUCCAGACAAACCGAGGUAGAACAGUAACAGAGUAAAUGAAGUAUUAAAGUGUAUCAUGCUGCGGAGAUGGCCUGGCUUCACAUCAUAUACUAAAAAUCAUGACGUAAACAAUAGAAUUAGCUUUUUAAUGGAUAAUAAGUUAAUCGUGUAAAGGUCAUCGAUCGCAAAUCAUAUCACAAUUGCAAUAUCAGUCAAAGUAAUCAGACACAUUGCUUUCCGAAUUAUUUUAGCCCCUUCUCGAAGGUCAGGAUUUUCACAUUCGUCCAUUUUGAAUUUAGGGAGAUUUGGCAUCCGAAGGGUUAAACUCACUCAAAACCAUGACGGACAACAAACCUGAUGUUUCUCUGUCAAGUUGACACACAAUCUAACUCCAUAGUGCUGGCUCAAAUAUCUUUUUAGCACUUGUGAUAUUUCCCUGAUUUAUUUUGGUGCCGAGGAAAUCACUUUUCUCUCAAUGUACAUGCAGCACAGCUUUGAAGUGUACGAUGGCAUACUGUCAUUAAAUCCUGGCAUAUUUACUUUACGCUGCCUUUUCACAAUACCCCUGUUCUGUGACCUAAGACAACCACUUCUUCCUGACCUAGGAUGGAAUUCAUUCGGCUCGAGUUUACAAGCAGGAACUUCCACUUAUAAGAAUUUGGGAAAAGUUCAAGUCGUGAGUUGUCUGCAAAGCAGCAUUACAUCAAAGCAGGUUCUUAGUAUCAUUAAGCUCAAACACAUUCUGUCAAAUGCAUUGUUUGGGUUCGAUACUUUGUUCCACUUCUGUUACUGUCUUUAUGGCGUUUUUGAGUUUUGUAAACCUUGAAUGUAUCGCUGCACACUUCUCAUGUCUUGACUCACAUACUGUAGAUACUGUUUUACAUACUGCUGCUAUUUUGAUUUAGUACGUGUUAUCAGUGACUAGUUUUACACUGUUCUCUAAGUUAGAGAUUCUUUAAUGAACCUGGAUGGUGUCUGUAUUCAGCAGACUGUGAGAACAUUCACUUUGCUAUGAAUGAUAGCAUGAAUAUCAUUAUGUAGCAUCAUCUACCUCUGUGGCCAGCAACCCUUUGACACCGUUUGUUUUAUUUUGCAGAAAUGUGUCGCAAUAAGGGAUGCUUGAUAUGGAUGUAUUCAAGGAUGAUCACCUGCUUUUCAGUGCCAGUAGAAUAACUGAUGAUUUCACAUUUGUAUUUGUUUAAAAUCAUCACCUGGAGUGUAAUCUGAGUGUAAUGCAAAUCAAACGCUCCAUCUUUUGUACAGAAAGUCAGAAUUCUGGGAUUAGUUCUGAAUUUUGACCAAAAAAAGUCACAAGAAUUUACGACAUUCUGAAAAAAGACAGAAUUCAUUUUCCAAUCAUUUUUAAGGGUGAAAAAGAAUUCUGGAACAUUUUCAGAUUUUUUUUUCAACAACUCUGAGAAAUAAAAGACGGAAUCAUUUACUAAGAAGUCUUUGAAAAAAGUCCACUUUUUUUUUUUUAUAAGAAAAGGAAUUUUGGAAAAAGUUCUGAAUGUUUUUGUUUUCAAGAAUUUUGAGUAAAAGCUGAAAAAAUGUUUUCUAAGAAUUACGAGAAAUAAGACUGAAUUCCCUUUCUAAGACUUCUGGGGGAAAGUCAAAAUUCGUACUUUUCUUUCUCAGAAUCUUGACUUUAAACUCAGAAUGGUUUAAUCAGAUCUCACAUGUGUUCUGAUGUAAAUUAAAUCUAUGCAUCCUAAUUUGUAUCGAGUUGUAUUCACUCCACACAAGUAGUACAUCCUUGUGUGGAGUGACCUCUCAAAGUGGCAGAAAGCAAGCUGGUGUUUUGAGCGAGGAAACGUUAAUGUUCCUGUAAUUGCAGAUGCUAACAUAUCACCUCUGAUUAUCUGGUUCUUGUGAAUGUUUCAAUCAACUUUAUUAGUUUCAGUCACUGGAAGACAAUGUUAUAACAUCAAAUGUUCUCCUUGCCUCAGGCUGAGCCCACUGUCAUAGCACGUUUGCCUCGUAACACUGACAUUAAAACCAAACGAUAUCAUCCGAACGACUCUGUGUCCGCCUGACAUCUCUCCUCGCUGAAAAAGCCUAAUGUACAUUUAGAGAAAUACAAAUAAUUGUACUUUUAUUGUUACGUAAACACUUAACGGGUGGAUGUUUCUGUGGUGUAAAGCCUCUUCACAUCUCUCCAGAUGCAGGCACUAGAGAGAUUGUUAAUGUGACCCAAAACUCUUUCUCCUCGUCUUGGUCUGACCUCUUUACCCGUGUGUCAUCAAGCAUUCUGAACCGCUGCACAAUCCCAUUGUAGAAUAAAGCCCACGGUACAAUAACAAUAAAGAGCUUUUACGCCUUC